AUGUGGGGUCCCUGUGAGAGGUCUGGGGGGAAUGAAGAGCCGGUAGCAGAAGCAGCCGCGGCCGCUGGGCUUCUUGCAGGGGUCUCGAAGGCCGAGGAAGGUUCAGAUGCGGAUUCAGACUCUGACCUGAAGACAGAAGGUACCCAUGGGCUUGGAGAACUGGUCAGGGACACCCUAUACCUGAAGUCUUGCCAGGUCCAUAGCGUUGUGCCUAUCUCCUGUUUUCUGCGCCAAGGGAGAGCACCAGAGCUGAACCUGCGGCAUUGUGGCCUGGGGCCCCAGGGGGCCCGGGCUCUAGCUUCCUCGCUGACCUCCAAUCCCUACAUCAAGCGGCUGGACCUUUGGGACAACGGGCUCUGUGGGGCUGGCGCAGAGGCCCUGGCAGGUGCUUUGAGCAAAAACAGCAGUAUCUGUGAUGUGGAUCUGUCAGAAAACCAGCUAGGAGCAGCAGGAGUCCAGGCCCUCUGUGCUGCCCUCACCAUGAGCUGGGCCAUAGAGAAGAUGCAGCUGUCAGAGAAUGGCCUGGAGGAGCAGGCGGCCCAGCACCUUGCUGAGCUCCUAUUGGCUCACACAGGCCUGAAAUCCCUGGACCUGAGCUAUAACCAGCUGAAUGACCAAGCAGGAGAGACACUCGGACCAGCCCUGGCAGAAAACACAGGACUCACCGAGCUUAACAUAAGCUGGAAUCACCUCCGAGGCCCAGGAGCUGUAGCGUUUGCCAGGGGGCUGGAGGCAAAUAUCUUCCUUAAAGUCCUGGACAUCUCCUACAAUGGCUUUGGAGAUCCUGGAGCCUCCGCAGUGGGUGAGGCUCUCAAGGCCAAUGACAUGUUGGAGGAACUCAACAUGAGCAACAACGGCAUCUCUGCAGUGGGAGCCCAGAACCUGGGCCUGGGCCUCCAGGUCAACCAGACACUGAGGAUUUUUGUUGUGUCCAGGAAUCCCAUGUGAAGUGAAGGCUGUUUCAGUCUUCUCAAAUCUGUGCGGGACAACCCAGCAACUGCCCUGAAAGUGCUGGAUUUCUCU